AUGAAUCGCGCGACGUCACGCCAGCUCAUCCUGUUCUGUGCGGUGCUCCUCACUGCUGUCGCGUCAGCAUCGCUCCUCACGCCUCUACUCCCACCCGACGCGCCUGCCUCUCGAACCAAACCCCUUAGGUGGAAGGGGCGGAGAAUGAGUAAGUACGUGGCCAAGCUGCGUCCCACUAAGAUCAAUGGGGGAUUAGUUGGCGACAAAGGUGCAUCAGGGAAAUAUGUCGUUGAAGCAGUGAGGUACUCAGGAACUAACAGCUACAUGUACCUUACCCUCGACGUUAUGAACAUAAAAUCCGGAGGAAAAGCACCCGCCGUAACCAUCUCAGGUUCCUGUGCUGUCAAUGCGCUAGGCGAUACAGGACUUGGGUUCCUGAACAUCACGAGCAGGAAAAGUGGCCGCCGCAAGCGCUACAGCUUCACGUACUCAUUGACUGAAGGGCCCAAAUCUGCAAAGGAGAUACGCACCAUGGUUGCUGAUAAGGUGCUGCCAGCCAGGUUUGUGACAAUUGGGCAUGACAUAAACUUCAUGGCACUGUGCGGAAAGUUCAAAAAGCCGUCUUAG